AUGCCACUAAUUGGUAGAGGCAGAACACGACGUAGAUUAGAAGGCACAACUGAAGCAAGAAAUACAACACCUAUUGCUACCCUCUAUCUUAGAGAUGAUGGAAAUUUAAGCUCGGACAACUCAACCCAACAACCGGAUGACGUCCCGAGUAUAGAACCCUAUUCCCCACUAGAUGUUGAUUCACCUGGAAACACGAAUGGUGAUGGACCACCUACUCGAAAACGUGGGCGUGGACCAGCUAAGAGUACGGAGUUUGAGAAGCUUCGCAAGCAUGGAAAGAUAACAUUGAAGAUAAAUGAUGGUAAGACUUCACCUUGCUGUGAAAACUAUGUUGUGUUUACAACGAGGGUUACUUGGAUAUUGAAGCACCAUGGUGACUUGAGUCAUCCUAGUUGGCAUGAUGUACCAGAAAAUGAACAGCAAGAGUUGAUUAGUCGUGUUCGAGCUAACUUUAUCCUAGAUUGGACAAAGAAAAAUCAUUGCGACACAGUAAUGAAGGCUCUGAGGAAGAGGUUCAAUCACAUUCGGUAUGGCCCCCAUUUGGUGAGCCCAGAAAAUUGGGUGAAGUUAUGCAAUAGAUGGUCAAGUGAGGGGUUUAAGAUGAUAUCUGAGCGAAAUAAAUGUAAUAGGGAAAAGCAACAAACUAACCACACAACUGGAAGAACCUCAUUUGUGCGGCUACUGGAAAUGAGGUCAGAGAAUGAUGGUGAUAAUUUGGUUGAUUUUUUCAAAGAGGUGAGGUGGUCAAAGAAGAAGGGAACAUUUGUGACUCCCAUGAUGGAAGAAAUGCAUAACAAGAUGGUAGCCAAGAUGUCUGAACUUGAGCCUGAGAAGCGGACUAAGGAGGCAGCUGCAGAAGUAUUUAGGGAGGUCCUAGGCCAUAGGUCAGGAUAUGCAAGGGGACUGAGCGAGAUGGUCAUUCCCGAGUCUUCUAGACAACGCACAAAUGAACGAAUUGCUGAAUUAUCAGCAACUGCCGCGAGGCAUGAGAAAGAUGCUGAGUACUACAAGAGGCAGCUUGAUGAAUUAAGGGGGAAUGUUGAAGUAAUUUUGGAGCGGCAACAAGAAUACGACAAGUUUAUGAAUACAUAUAUGUCAGAGAGGCAGAACCAAGGUGAGUCUCAUAGAGAGACUUAGGAACCUGCAUGGCUAGCUUUUUUAUUAAAGAUAAGUUUUUUGUGAUUUUGGAUUGUGGGACAUGGAAUGAUCUUUUGUAAUGGUUUUUUGGAGCUGUGGGCAACAAGAAGAAAUGAGGUUGGAAUGAUUUUUUGUAAGAGUUUUUUGGAGAUGUUGGCAGCAGGAAGAAAUGAGGCCCUGGAAAUGAGAUCAGACCCUGCAUAUGAGUUGCAUCAAUCAUGUGAACAAUCCUUAGCCUCUUUUAUAUAGAUAUAUAUAAAUAUAUAUAUAUAUAUAUAUACAUAUUGGAAUAUUCAUAUUCCCUUGUUGAAACUGAUCAUUGGUUGAGCUAAUUUUCAUGAUGACACCGUUGGUACAAAGGACUUUGAUGACAAUAGAUCAGACAACAUGAUUGAUCAGCUAGAUUUGUAUAUACAGAUGUCCUGAAUGAGGAGCACUGAAUUGGUAGGCCAGGAUGCAUGUUUAAAGGAAUUUGUGAUGCCAUAAUUUCUGACAAAGUGGACCUGUAAAGAGCUUGAUUGUUUGCCAAGCUGUAAAGAGGAAAACUGGUUUGUAAAGAGCUGUGAAUUUCAAAAGUGGAUGGACAUAGCUUCCCAGAUUGACACUACAUCAGCAUGCCAAUGUUUGAAGGCUUGCUCUUAGGAACACUGGUUAGAAAGAUGAGUUAUGGCAUUAAUUUAUAUAUGAUCAGCAGACCUAUAAUGUUGGCAUGUGUAUAAGUUAAUUAGAAGAACCUGGAUGUAUU